UUUCCUGACUCAUUAUUGAGCAGCUAAGGCUGCCAUUUUACACCCGCGACACGGACUCUCAAGUCCCCGCUGUCCUCAACCGUUACCCCGGCGGAUUAUGUCUCAGUGUUAAAUAUAGUUCACGCAACUGUUUCUUGUCAAAAGGAUUAUUAAACACGGUCCACACACACGGAGCGUGAGUUUGAUCCGGAGCCAGACUCCUCAGCGCCUCCUGACGAGCUAACAGGCUAAUUUAGCCCAGAAGGUCAUCUGGUGAGGACUGCCAAAGCUUUUAGGUGGAGGAGUGGCAGACAGCGCCACCCUGGUGUGCAGAGUGGGACUGCAUCUCGUCUCACAUCCCAAACAAAGCAGCUUCCAGACGAGCCACCGCCUGCCAGAUGGACGUCAGACUGUAAGGGCAGAGCGAGUGACGGACCAACACCAUCUGAGGAGAGGAGCCAGGGGGGGAGAACGCUCGCAGGAGCAGGACCGGGAGGGCACUGAGGGAGAGGAGAGGACGCAGAGAGGGGCUCCACAAUGUCGUCAAACCGGACCCAGAACCCACACGGACUGAAACAGAUUGGCCUGGACCAGAUAUGGGAUGACCUGCGGGCUGGAAUCCAGCAGGUGUACACACGGCAGAGCAUGGCUAAGUCACGCUACAUGGAACUCUACACACAUGUAUAUAAUUAUUGUACCAGUGUCCAUCAGUCCAGCCAGGGCCGCGGCUCGGUGCCGCCAGCCAAACCCUCCAAAAAGUCCACCACUCCAGGAGGGGCUCAGUUUGUCGGCCUGGAGCUCUACAAACGCCUCAAAGAGUUCCUGAAGAACUAUCUGACCAGCCUGCUGAAGGAUGGUGAGGAUUUAAUGGACGAGUGCGUCCUCAAGUUUUACACCCAGCAGUGGGAGGAUUACCGUUUCUCCAGUAAGGUCCUCAACGGGAUCUGCGCCUACCUCAACCGCCACUGGGUCAGACGAGAGUGCGACGAGGGACGCAAGGGCAUUUACGAGAUUUACUCUCUGGCUCUGGUUACCUGGAGGGAGUGUUUAUUCCGACCCCUCAACAAACAGGUAACAAACGCGGUGCUGAAACUGAUCGAGAGGGAAAGGAACGGUGAGACCAUCAACACCAGACUGAUCAGCGGCGUCGUCCAGUCGUACGUGGAGCUGGGUCUGAACGAGGAGGACGCCUUCGCCAAAGGUCCCACGCUGUCUGUCUACAAAGAGUACUUUGAGUGUCAGUUCCUCACCGACACGGAACGUUUCUACACGCGUGAGAGCACAGAGUUUCUGCAGCAGAACCCAGUCACUGAGUACAUGAAGAAGGCGGAGGCUCGGCUGCUGGAGGAGCAGAGGCGUGUUCAGGUUUAUCUCCACGAGUCCACUCAGGACGAGCUGGCCCGCAAGUGUGAGCAGGUUCUCAUAGAGAAACACCUGGAGAUCUUCCACACUGAGUUCCAGAACCUUCUGGACGCCGACAAGAAUGAAGAUCUGGGCCGCAUGUACAACCUGGUGUCGCGGAUCACAGACGGUCUUGGCGAACUGAAGAAGCUUCUGGAGACUCACAUCCACAACCAGGGCCUGGCUGCCAUCGAGAAGUGUGGAGAGGCUGCACUCAACGACCCUAAAGUUUACGUGCAGACCACGCUGGACGUCCACAAGAAGUACAACGCCCUGGUCAUGUCCGCCUUCAACAACGACGCCGGCUUUGUGGCGGCGCUCGACAAGGCGUGCGGUCGAUUCAUCAACAACAACGCUGUCACCAGGAUGGCUCAGUCGUCCAGCAAAUCCCCCGAGCUGCUCGCCAGAUACUGCGACUCCUUACUCAAGAAGAGCUCCAAAAACCCAGAGGAGGCAGAACUGGAGGACACACUCAACCAAGUGAUGGUUGUGUUCAAAUACAUCGAGGACAAGGACGUUUUCCAGAAGUUUUACGCUAAGAUGUUAGCCAAGCGCCUGGUCCAUCAGAACAGCGCCAGUGACGACGCUGAGGCCAGCAUGAUUUCCAAACUCAAGCAAGCCUGUGGCUUUGAGUACACGUCCAAACUGCAGAGGAUGUUCCAGGACAUCGGAGUCAGUAAAGACCUGAACGAGCAGUUUAAGAAGCACCUGACCAACUCUGAGCCUCUGGACUGUGAGUCAACACACAGUACGACAAAACCUUGUCACAGUAUGACAAAACCUCGCCACAGUACGACAAAACCUCACCCUGUGGAUUUCAGUAUCCAGGUCCUGAGCUCUGGGUCUUGGCCUUUCCAGCAGUCCUACACCUUUGCUCUGCCUUCAGAGUUGGAGCGGAGCUACCAGCGCUUCACGGCGUUCUAUGCCAGCAGACACAGUGGCAGGAAGCUGACCUGGCUCUACACCCUGUCCAAAGGAGAACUGGUCACCAACUGCUUCAAGAACAGGUACACGCUGCAGGCCUCCACCUUCCAGAUGGCCAUCCUGCUGCAGUACAACACAGAGGACAGUUACACUGUGCAGCAGCUCACAGACAGCACUCAGAUGAAAACCGAUUUUCUGGUUCAGCUUCUGCAGAUUUUAUUAAAGUCAAAGCUGCUGGUGUUGGAGGACGAGAACGCCAACGUGGACGAGGUGGACUUCAAACCCGACACCGUCAUCAAACUCUUCCUCGGAUACAAGAAUAAGAAGCUGAGGGUGAACAUCAAUGUCCCCAUGAAGACGGAGCAGAAACAGGAGCAGGAGACGACUCACAAGAACAUCGAGGAGGAUCGCAAACUGCUCAUUCAGGCUGCCAUCGUCAGGAUCAUGAAGAUGAGGAAAGUCCUGAAACAUCAGCAGCUUCUGGCCGAGGUUCUGAACCAACUGUCAUCAAGAUUUAAACCUCGAGUCCCCGUCAUCAAGAAAUGCAUUGACAUCCUGAUAGAGAAGGAGUAUCUGGAGCGAGUGGACGGCGAGAAGGACACGUACAGCUACCUGGCCUAGACUCCGCCCCCUUCCUCCUCCUCCUCCUCUUCCUCCCUGUGGCCCCGCCCGGCUCCUCAGUUUUAUUUUUAUUUGUUCUUCUGUUUCUUUUUGUUUUUUUUGUUUUUUAAUGUCUGAGUAAAUAAAGUGUGGAUCCUCUGAGCGGCGGACAUUUUGUGAGUGUGUGUCGCCGCCAAUCAAACACGCGACCCGACGACCACCGUCUACCGACGUGGGCGUUAACUUUCUGAUCUGCCUCGGAGGAAAACAAGCGCCCCCCCGCUGCUGAGAGGGGGAAGUGCGCCACAGGACUGGAACACUCUUCCAUGUCGUCAUUAUUGUAAAUAACCACAGACUCUAAGAGGAAGAAGAAAAAAGAACACACCCUCAAAUCUUAUUUACAUAACGCAAAUGUAACGACUUAGCCAAUCAGAGGAGAGCCACACACACCCCAACCCCCCCCCCCCCCCCCCAAAAAAGGUUUCUGCAUGCUACUGCGCACCCACCGGCGCCAUGGUGACGUUUAAAAAGUCUAAAUAAAAGUCGAGUCUCUGGGCAGCCGCCGCACGACAUGACAUCACCGGGCGAGGAGGAAUUGGAGGUGGCGAGCUCGGAGCUGCCAUGACGCUUCUUUAUCCACCGAAAAGGUCGUGUCAGUGUUUGGUGAAAGGUUGCAGGAGUUGGACGUCGCCGCGUUCAUCAGCUGACGGUGGACAUUUGUAUAGUGUGGUUCAUUUUCUAAAUGUGUGAUGAAUAAAAACCAGGAAAGAUUUUCUGUAAA